UCCUAGGCUAUGUAAAAUGGCCGUCGGAUCCAGAAAAUGCUUUGUAUAUAAAUAAGCCGUUGCAGAGAAAACCCUAAAAAUAAUUUGAAGGGGUUCAUUUUGUCUUUGCGCCGAUCUUCUAUCUCCUCGACUCACUUCCCAGCCAAAGGUAAGCCAUGGUUAAGCAUAACAAUGUUAUUCCAAAUGGGCACUUUAAGAAGCACUGGCAGAACUACGUGAAAACUUGGUUCAACCAGCCAGCAAGGAAGGCUAGAAGAAGAAUUGCAAGGCAAAAGAAAGCAGUAAGGAUCUUUCCAAGACCUACUGCUGGGCCUAUUCGCCCUGUUGUUCAUGGCCAGACCUUGAAGUACAACAUGAAGUUGAGAGCUGGCAACGGUUUCACUCUUGAAGAGCUUAAGGCAGCUGGUAUUUCAAAGAAGCUUGCACCCACCAUAGCUAUUGCUGUUGAUCACCGCCGUAAAAAUCGAUCUCUUGAAGGUCUUCAAGCCAAUGUUCAGAGACUUAAGACCUACAAGGCCAAACUUGUUGUCUUCCCAAGAUGUGCUCGCAAAUUUAAGGCUGGUGAUUCUACUGCCAAAGAGCUUGCAACUGCAACCCAAGUACAAGGGUCAUAUAUGCCUAUUUCUCGUGAGAAGCCUUCAGUUGAUCUUGUGAAGGUCACAGAGGAGAUGAAGUCAUUCAAGGCUUAUAACAAGCUCCGUGUGGAACGAAUGAAUGAGCGCCAUAUUGGUGCCAGAUUGAAGAAGGCUGCUGAGGCUGAAAAAGAAGAUAAGAAGUAACGUUGUUUGAGGGCUAUGUUCUGGGAUUUAACUAGUUAAAGACGUUAGCUUUUUCCUUUUCUCUUUUUUUUAUUAAUUUUUUUGGUUUUUUCUUUUCUCUUUUUUUAUUAAUUUUUUUGGUUUUCUUGUCAGUUGGGUUAAAACAGUACCUUUAAAGCUUGGUAUUACGUUUGUAA